CCCCCGGACAACGGCCUCACCGGCGCCGUGCCCUCCGGGUUCAAGGCGUCGCAGCCGUCCUCCAGCUACGGGCCGCCGUCCGGGCCCUCCGCGCCGUCCGCGCCGUCGGCUAGGUACGGCGCGCCGUCGGCGUCCUCGCGCAGGCCCAGCUCGCGCUACGGACCCCCAGGACGAUCCGGGCCGCGCCAGAACGGCCCCGCGGGCUUCGGAGCGCCCUCGUCCAGCUACGGCGCCCCUGGUGGCUCCUCCGGUUUCGGCGCUCCUUCGUCUAACUACGGUCCCCCUGGUGGCUCCUCCGGUUUCGGCGCUCCUUCGUCUAACUACGGUCCCCCUGGUGGCUCCUCCGGUUUCGGCGCUCCUUCGUCUAACUACGGUCCCCCCGGUGGCUCCUCCGGUUUCGGCGCUCCUUCGUCUAACUACGGUGCCCCCGGUGGCUCCUCCGGUUUCGGCGCUCCUUCGUCCACCUACGGUGCCCCCGGUGGCUCGGCCCGCGGCUUCGGCUCCUCGUCGUCCUCUCGCGCGCCCUCGUCUUCGUACGGACCUCCCAGCUCGUCCGGUCGCGGUUUCGGAGCGCCCUCGUCCAACUACGGCGCGCCCGACAACAUCCCUCGCGGGUUCUCGGCCCCCUCCUCCUCCUACGGCGCCCCUAGCGGCCGUGGUUCGGCGCGCGGUUUCGGCUCACCCUCUUCAACCUACGGCGCCCCUGGUGGCUCUUCCGGUUCCGGUUUCGGCUCCCCCUCGUCCUCUUACGGCGCUCCGAGCGACGCUGGUUUCGACGCACCCUCCUCGAGCUACGGCGCUCCUGAGGGCUCCUCCGGUUUCGGCGCCCCCGGCAGCUCCGGCUUCAAGGCUCCCUCAUCGUCCUACGGCGCGCCUGGCAGCUCUUCCGGUUCCGGUUUUAAGACUCCCUCAUCGUCCUACGGCGCGCCUGGCAGCUCUUCCAGUUCCGGUUUCAAGACUCCCUCAUCGUCCUACGGCGCGCCAGGCGGCUCUUCCAGUUCCGGUUUCGGAUCCCCCUCUUCGACCUACGGCGCGCCAGGUGGCUCUUCCGGUUCCGGUUUCAAGGCCCCCUCGUCUAGUUACGGUGCCCCUGGCAGCUCUUCCGGCUCCGGUUUCGGUGCUCCCUCGGACACCUACGGCGCGCCUGGCUUCGGCAAGUCCAACGGCGGCGGCGACGACGAGGACGACCAGUCGGAGCCCGCCAAGUACGAGUUCUCCUACGAGGUGGACGCGCCGGAGACGGGCGCGCAGUUCGGCCACGAGGAGUCCCGCGACGGUGACUUCACCAAGGGCAAGUACCACGUGCUGCUGCCCGACGGGCGCGUGCAGACCGUCGAGUACACCGCGGACCAGGACGGCUACAAGCCCACCAUCAGCUACGAGCAGACCGACAACGUCAUCGGCGACGGCCGCAAGGGCGACGACGGCUACCCCAGCGGACCCAACAACGGCCAGGGCGGCUACCCGAGCGGCAGGCCCGGCGGCAAGAACGGACAGGGCUCCGGCAGUUACUCGUCCGGAGGCCAGGGUGGUUACUCAUCUGGCAGCCAAGGUGGUUACUCGUCCGGCGGCCAGGGUGGUUACUCUUCCGGCGGCCAGGGUGGUUACUCUUCCGGAGGCCAGGGUGGUUACUCGUCCGGCGGCCAGGGUGGUUACUCGUCCGGCGGCCAGGGUGGUUACUCGUCCGGAGGUGGUUACUCGUCCGGAGGCCAGGGUGGUUACUCAUCUGGAAGCCAGGGCGGCUACAGCCAGGACGCCGACGACGACGCGGUGUCCGUGGACGGGGCCCAGGGCCCCUACUAGACGAACCACAACCGUCCCCGGUCCCGGCAGGCGCCGCUGUGCACAGUGGAGCGGUGUCUCGCCGGGGUUGAUCUCGACUGGACUGUCGCCUGUCUCCGCCGGCCUGUGUCUACUUUCUAAUUUAUU